GAGAUCGGCUUGAAAACCGGAAGUGCUGCCUCGCCCGUUUGUGUUUGUGUCUCCGUUUCUCAGUCCCGCAGUUGCUUUUUGAGGGCUCUCGGUUACCUCGUCAUCCCAGAAGCGUGGACUCUGGGUUUCUGUCGGCUCUCGAGAGUGAGCCCGGGCGGGAGGCGGCGGUUGCGGCGGCUCAGAUGGGAGGGAGCGGGAGGAGGCAGGGCUAGUUGCUAUGUGGCGCCGGAUCCUAGCUCUGCUCGUUCAUCCAUUUUUGCCCACCAAUCCAGGAGCCCUCGGUAUCGGCGGUGGCAUGUUCUACGCGGUGCGGAGAGGUAGGAGAAUUGGGGUGUACGCCACCUGGAAUGAAUGUAAAGAACAAGUUGAUAAAUAUCAGUAUGCCAGCUACAAGAAGUUUGGAACAGAGAAAGACGCUUGGGCUUUUAUAAAUGAAGAAUCAACAAAUUCAUCAAUUUCUUCAACAGGCUUUGGUGAAAAGCAGGACAGUCAUAGACGUUGCUUUAACAAGGCUACAUCUGAAUCAAGUUAUAUGAGAUCAUACAAAAGACCAUACGAAGAGGUUUCAGAGAAGAAAUAUACAUAUAAGCGUGUAAAAUAUACAGAUGUUCCUUAUACUCCUCCAGCAAAUAAGAAUGAAUUCGUGUAUAUGGGAGAUUAUAUAGUUGUUUACACGGAUGGAUGUUGUUCAAGUAAUGGACGCCAGGAAGCACGUGCUGGAACAGGUGUAUAUUGGGGGCCUGGUCAUCCUCUAAAUACUAGUGAAAGACUUCACGGACGGCAGACAAAUCAAAGGGCUGAAAUAAAUGCAGCUUGCAAGGCAAUAGAACAAGCAAAGCGUCAAAAUAUCACAAAACUGGCAAUCUAUACGGACAGCAAAUUCACCAUUAAUGGGGUGACAAAUUGGAUCCCAAACUGGAAGAAUAACGGUUGGAAAACCAGUGCAGGAAAAGAAGUAAUAAACAGAGAAGAUUUUGAAAGGCUUGCUAAGCUUUCAGAAGGGAUGGACAUCCAGUGGAUGCAUGUUCCUGGUCAUGCUGGCUUUCCUGGAAAUGAAGCAGCUGAUCGAUUAGCAAAAGAAGGAGCUGGAAAAUCAUCAUGUUAGCAUUUUAUAAUGCAAAUCCUCCACUUAGUGAUAAGAAUAAAGAUUACACUUGUUUUAAGUUCAUAUUUGUUGUCUCCAUAUGCUUUAGAAUAAAUGAGACAAAUAUUUUGCUUAAAUGGUGAAGAAUGUAAAUGCUUAUGUACCCUAUGUUGUUGUUCCCAAUCUGUGUCCAAGAGUUGAAUUUUGCAUCAUAUUAGUUAUGUAAAACAGCAAAUUGGAAAGUCUUAAAAAUACAGGAAGUACAAUACAAAACCAAAUUAUUAAAUCAUCAUAAUCUUACCCAAUCUGGUACAAACUCUGAAUGUAAGACCAAUGUUCACAGUAUAUUCAGGUGUUUUGGAGCAGAUUACUUUGUUAUUUAUAUAAAUGAUUAUUGGUGCUGGCAUACCUAGUAUACAAUGCUGGCACAAUAAACAUGUUUGCUACU